AAUAUUAUAAGAACAUUUGUUUAAAAUGCCUAAAAAGAAAACUGGUCAACGAAAGAAAGCUGAGAAGCAAAAACUUAGACAGAAAGAAAUUCGAAGUCAAGAGAAAAAUAUCGCUGAAUAUCCAUGCAAUUCAGCCAUGGAAUGCGAUAAAUGUGAGCGAAAACAAAAGUCCAGAGCAUUCUGUUAUUUUUGUAGUGCAGUUCAGCGUCUUCCAAUUUGCGCACAAUGUGGAAAGCAAAAAUGCAUGAGUAAGACAGGCGAUUGUGUUAUAAAACACACAGUUUUUGCAACUGGAAUGUCAAUGGUUGGUGCUAUUUGUGACUUCUGUGAAGCUUUCGUAUGUCAUGGUAGGAAAUGUUUGACAACUCAUGCUUGUGCUUGUCCAUUGAAAGACGCAGUGUGCAUCGAAUGUGAAAGGGACACCUACAGUCAUGGAGGUCGAAUCUAUCUUUGCUCAUUUUGUAACUCAUAUCUAUGUGAAGAUGAUCAAUUUGAACAUCAAGCAAGUUGUCAGGUAUUAGAGUCUGAAAGCUACAAAUGCCAAUCUUGCAACAAACAUGGACAAUAUAGCUGUUUGAAAUGCAAAAUUUGCUACUGUGAGGAUCAUGUGAAACGUAAAGGUUUUAAAUACGACAAAAAUAAAGCAAUUCCUUGUCCAAAGUGUAAUUAUGAAACUUCAGAGACAAAAGAAUUGUCUAUGUCAACACGAAGCUUGAAAUAUGGUCGACAAUCACAAGUUCAAGAUGAUGAUGAUGAUUAUGACUCUUAUGGUGGAGCUGCUGGUGGCUCAGGAUACAGCUACAAUUAUCAAGAUGAUGGAGAUUUAUCUGAUGAAAAUUAUUCCGAUGAUGACUCGGAAAACGAAAGUGAAGAAUCAUCCGACGAAGAAUCCCAAGAUGAAGCAAAAGCAUCAAAAUAAAAUUUUAUAGUAUCACAUG